UCUGCCAGUCUCCCAAGGUCAGGGCUUGAACCCUGCCAGAUAAAGUCAAAACCGCCCCCCCUUUUUUCCCAGCCAUGCAAACUGCGGGAUGAAGCUGGAAGCUGUGGUCGAGCAGCUGCAGAAGCAGCAGCAGAAGCAGCAAACGCCUCUGCAGAUGGAUUCCAGGGAGAGACAGCAGAGGCAGAUGAGGGAAGCUCAGCUGCUCUACACUCAGCAGCUGGCUGUGCAGCAGGCUGUCCUAGCAGCCGCAUCUGGCAGGGCUUCGGGCGGCUCUGCCGUUGGUCCCUUGGCCAGAGGCCCACCUGCAGCUGGAGCUACGCGGGCUUUUGAUCAGAGCAGCAUGAAUUCAGAGCCAGAAGAGGAGGAGGAAGAGGAGGAGGAAGAAGAUGAGGAGGAGGAUGAAGAAGGGGGUUUGGAAGGUGGAGAUCUCGAGGAUGGUGCUGAUGUGACUGGAAAAGAACCCUGCUCUGCUCUGAAAUAUUUUCACGCUCCCAAAGUUGCCCAUCACAACCAAAGAGUGGCCUCUACCUCUAAUCCUCUUCCAGCUUCAGGGCACCAGCGGGGACAGCAGGGCAAAGAAGAACAGGGUAAAGACACUACUAAGCAACCGUAUUCUGGUUCCCUGUCUGGACGCCAGAACUGGCGGUUGGACGAGCAGAUCAAACAGAACGGCAAUGUGACCUGGAGCGACGAAGGUGAUGGAUGCCGAGGAAGAGAAAUUUCACGAGACUUUGCCAAGCUCUAUGAACUGGAUAGCGACCCUGAACGGAAAGAGUUCCUGGAUGACCUCUUCAUCUUUAUGCAGAAAAGGGGAACUCCUAUCAAUCGGAUCCCCAUCAUGGCAAAGCAGAUCCUGGAUCUCUACAUGCUCUACAAGCUGGUGACUGAGAAAGGAGGGCUGGUGGAAAUCAUAAACAAGAAGAUCUGGCGAGAGAUCACCAAAGGCCUUAAUCUGCCCACCUCCAUCACCAGUGCCGCGUUCACACUUCGAACCCAGUAUAUGAAGUACCUAUACGCCUAUGAAUGCGAGAAGAAAUCCCUCAGUUCCCCUGCUGAGCUUCAGGCUGCAAUCGAUGGCAACAGGCGGGAAGGCAGGCGGCCCAGCUACAGCUCCUCUUUGUUCAGCUACUCGCCCACCACCACGGGGCCUCCUUCCCUCCUGUCUCCCCCAAAGAUCCGCUUCCCCAUCAUCGGCGUUGCACCAGGCAGUGGGACCAGCAAUCCUCGGGUGUCUCCAGCAGCAGCGGUCAGAAAAGGUGAUGGCGUGCCCUUGACUGUGUCUAUGCCAAAUCGCAUUGCCGUGCCAGUGACCUUGGCUAGCCAGCAGGCGACUGUGGCAGGAAGAACAGCCACCCUAGAGCAGCUGCGGGAGAGGCUGGAGUCGGGAGAGCCUCCGGAGAAGAAGGCCUCACGGAUGACAGAGGAGGAGCAGCGGCUUGUCCAGCAGGCUCUCCAGCGCAACCUGUUCAGCAUGGCACGGCAGAUCCCCAUGAAGAUCAAAAUCAAUGGCAAGGAUGAUAAACCGGACUCGGCGGCAGCGGCAGCACUGAAUUUGUCACCUAAUGGCAUUGGGAGUAUUAACAUGUCAGUGGAGAUUAACGGCACGAUUUAUGCUGGAGUGCUCUUUGCCCAGAAGCCGGUCGUCCAUCUCAUUGCAGGCUCCAGCACCCAAAGUUCUUGCAGCAGCAGCAGCAGCUCCCACUGCUCUCCCAGCCCUACCUCAUCCCGGGGAACCCCCAGUGCAGAGCCCUCCACCAGCUGGUCUCUCUGAUGGACGGCCAAGCCUGCUGUCUCACACUGGCCUCCGGCAGCUCCUCCUCUCUGCUCUUGGUGGGGAGUGAGCCGGGAAGGAGUCGCACAGAUUACCUCAUCUCAAGGAACCUGCUUUUGUGGUUGGCCAACAGCAAGAUGAUGAUGGCGAUGCUGAAACCUUUCUAUGCCAGCGAGUUUUUUUCCUUCAUCGUCUGUUUGUCCAGCCUUUUUCUUUGUUCUCCCCUUUCUUCCUCCCUUUUGCUUUUUGUUUUCUUCCUCCUCCUCCCAGGGUUUGCUGUGUUCCUGUUGGGGGUUGGGACGUGGAGGGGGGGGGAUGGAUGGACAUGCCUGGCGUCUUUCAAUCAGGGAUUGUCUGUAGGGUUGAGAGAUGGCUGAGAUGUCACCAAGGCAGGUGGAAGGAGCUGGAGUUGGGGCAGGGAAACUUGGUUCUGCUCAAACCAGUAGCCACAAGGCCUCUUCCCACAACACAACUCUGUGUAUUGACAAUCCUAAGAGCUGGCAGGGUGCCUUGCCCCUGUCCUCCCAUGGCUUGUGCUGCCGAAGGCCAUGCAGCUGCAGAGCAGGCGAGCUCUCACUUUUCUCCUUUGGGCUCUGUUGUGCUCCAUUGUUCAUAUGUCCUCCCCAGAACACGUGCUCUUGGCUUGUGAGCCUCCUUCCCCCUCUCCGAGGGCUUGGCAAGAGGGCAAGGACUUUCUCACUGCUAUGUUUGACCUGUAGAUGCAUUAAGAACCUCUUGAUCAGCUGCUUCGGUCUCCUGGCUGGUGCUGGCCUCUUCCCUGCUGUUGCCUUUUUCAGGCUUUCAGCCACAUUUUAAAAGCCCUCAGCCUUGUGUCUCUCCCUCCGAGGAACUCAUCCCACUCACAUUUACCUUGACAGCCUGAACCUACUCUGACUUGGCAUUUUGACCCUCUGCCCCCUUGCCACAAAAGGGCUGUCAUUGAGGUCCAUCUAGGCUUCCUGGAGCCGCUUUCUUCUCCUAAGGUGUCUUUCAGUAGCCCCUGAUAGCUCUCUCCACUAUCCAUGCCCUGAGAAAACAGGUGGUGAUAUUUGAAAUCAAAUUCAGUGGGGCCAUGGGGCGUGUGUGGGUGCUGUGGUUAAUGUGAUGCCUGUGUACCUGCAUUGGUCUUUGAACAAGCCUACAGCUGCCCGGUCCCCUAAAAUUCUGCAUGAGCAAAAAGAAAGCGGCUCUCAGUUGAGUCGGGUGCUUUUGCUCUUCUGGGUGGAAGCAGAGGAAAGGAAAUCAAGCCCUCCCUUGCCCUUUUCCCCUCAAACCUCCUAUUGAAAGCAAACACAUGCUGGCCAUGGCUCUCCUGUGCCUGGAGGCAAGCAAGCUGGCUCAGUGACUCCCUGAGCUCGCCUCCGGGGCAGACUUGUUCUGUCCCCUCUCCUCCCGAUGGCCUUUCCCCAGCCUGGAGAUCAGGUCCCAGCACCAUCCCUCCUGCCCUGGUGACAUCCUUCCCAUCCUCCAGGCCCAAGUCAGGUUUAUUUGAGCAGAUGAAAUACCUCAGAUAUGUACUUGUUGUUGGGGGUGGGGGGUGUUUUUGUUUGUUUUGGGUUGGUUGUUUUUAACCUCUUCAGGAAGUAUUGGCAUAUCUUAUCGCUUGUUUUUGUUUUUUUAUAUGUGGUUUUGCUGACAUUGUGGAUGUUGGGGGGUUUUUUUAAUUAUUUUUAAUUGUAUCACCAAAGAUAGAAGAAAAAAGCAGAGUGAAAGAGCGGUGGCUUCUGCCGUCCUUUAGGCCAGCAGGAGACAAGCUGAGCAGCGUUGUCCCAGGACAUGUGCAUGACACAGGAGGACAGGUAGAGGUAGGAAAAGAGGGGAAGAGUGACUGCUGACUUAACAGAUCUGUCCUUCAUGGUGGACGCAAGGGCAUCUCCAAGGUCCCUGUUACUUCUCUGAGCUCCAGGAUCCAUGCUUACCUUCAGCAAAGCUGCUCAGUGCAGCUGGGGGAUGGCAGUGCUGCUUAACACUACAGAUUGGCCAAGCCUCUGGUGGGAAAGGUGUUUCUGGCACCUGAAAGCACAGCUUGGGCUUGUGGUGCUGCCCCCAGCCACCUCCUCAGCCCUGCUGGGACUCCGCAUUACCCCAGACACAGCUGAUUCUGUCUAUGCUACAAGGCUAAGCUGUGUUGGGAAGCCCUUGUGAGAGGUUGCCAAAAUAAGAUGUUCUACAGUUUUUCACCUGUUUCAGCCACCUGAGUGAGUAGAUAUGUUAUGAUCUAAGUGAAAAUCCUAACUCCAGAGGUUCAGCCCACUAAAAAUAAAUUUCCUGGCGGGCAGUGGCUGAGUGUUGUAGAAGAGAAGGUUGCUUUUUUACGUGCUCCCACAGGUGAGCAGAGCUGUGGGGAGACUUCGGGUGCCCUUGCUCUUACAGGCUGAGCCUGAGCUCAGCCCAGAGUGGCUGGCCCUUCCCUGCCCAGUCAUUGCUGCGAUGCACUGUGAGCAACUUCAGCCUGCCUUAGUCCUCUGUGAGGAGAAGCCCUCCCGUAACACCUCUGGUGAGCCAUGGCAGCCUGUCCUGCUCCAAGGCGCUGUUUAUUUUAUAUUGCUGAAAAAAGCAUGGCUUUUAAAAGCACUGGGCCAGGCAUCGCCACAGGAAAAGCCCCAGCAGCAGAUAGGGGCGACUGGGCUCCAUGUACGUAGAAAACAAUGAAUAACCUUUCCUUUAAGCUCUCAGCUGUCCAGUUUCUCCUCUGUAACCCCACCAGGCUGCUGCUGCAUCCUCAAGAGCUCCCAGGUCUUGUGCUAAGGCAGCACCUCCUCCCUGCGAGAGGCUCUGUAUGUUCGUUUGUACCCUGCGGCUUGUGCUACCCCGCUGCCUGGCAGCGUGAGGGCUUGCUGGGAGGAAGAGGCUGGGAGUGCACAUGUCCUGAGGCAGAUGCUGCUCCGUGGUGUCCCCUCCCCAGCUGCUUUUAGCCAGAGUGAUGAGCUCCUGCCAGCACAGGGAAGCUGAGCUGCGCUCCAGCUGCAGGGCCUCCACAGCACCUCAUCCUCGCAGCGGAUUUUCCAGGCUCUGGGGCUCAUUCAGAUGGUUUUUGUUUGGGGCUUUUUUUUCCUUUUUUGUUUUCUUUCUGUUUUGGUUUUUUUUUUUUAUUUGGGGGUGGGCUUGGGGGCUGUUUCCUACGAGUGGGACUGGGGGACGUUUUGCUUUUCUUGAUGCUUUCUUCUCU